AUGGCGCCGUGGCUGCGGCUUGCCGCGCUACCAGCCUCUGUCCUUGCCCUGAUCGUGGCUACCGCUACUACCACCGCCACGCAACACAAUCCCGACUGGGAUUGGCAGUGGCCGUACAAUCUGCCUGCCGAUGCGAAAUACUACCCGGAGGAUGAAGUCGUGAUCAAACGAGACAUUGCGAUCCAACAGAAAAUGCGGAGGAGUGGUGCUACCGUCACCGGCGUGAGGAAAAUGAGCGGCAACCCGGGCGAGAAGUUCUAUCUUGACUACUGGGGGUUUGCGCCGGAGACGGAAGAAGAAGAAUAUGAUGAAGUCAUCAAUCGGGCAAAUAAUGCCACGCUCGCCUCGCUCGAUGCGGCGGUGAGAGUGAAAAGAGACGCUCCGCGGGCAAAGCUACAUUUACCUGGAUGGCAUCUUUUUUGGAAACGAGGAUUCCAAUGUCCAUCCGGGACGACGGCGUGCACCUCGAUCGACCGGCCCAACAGCUGUUGCGCGACAGAUUCGACGUACAUCGACGGCGACGCUGGUGAGCACGCCCACGCCAACAGAAACACAGUCACCGUCUCAAACUCAGACACAGACACAGACGCCUUCCACGACGACCGUCACUUCGUACACGACCAUCACGCCAAGUCCAUCACCAACAACAGCAUCAGAAUCGUCGAGUUCUUCGUCGACCAGUAUCUCGACCUCCACCUCGACACCAACAACGACUCUUACGCCUGA